AUGCUCAACCCUUUCAGCAUCUUCACCCAGGCCUUUCCGCCGCGGCCGCAAUUCACAGAGAAGGAUAUUCCCGAUCUCUCUGGCAGAAUCUGCAUCGUUACAGGAGCAAACACUGGUGUUGGCAAGGAAGUCGCACAAAUUCUGUACUCCAAGAACGCCACUGUCUACGCUACCUCUCGUUCGGAAGAAAAGGGCCGUUCAGCCAUCAACACUAUCAAGGAGGCGGUACCUAAUUCUACAGGAAAGCUGGAUCUCCUCACUCUGGAUCUGGCCGACCUCACCACCAUCAAACCCGCAGCCGAUGCCUUCCUCGCCAAGGAGACGCAGCUGCAUCUUCUCAUCAACAAUGCCGGUGUCAUGAUGCCGCCUCAGGGGAGCAAGACAGCCCAGGGGUACGAAUUACAGCUGGGAACAAAUUGUGUCGGCCCGUUCCUCUUCACCAAGUUGCUGACGCCGACUCUGGUGCAAACGGCCAAGACGGCACCCAAAGACAGUUGUCGUGUUGUCUGGGUCUCCAGCUCAGCCGCGGAGGUCUUGUCGCCCAACCCUGCCAUCGAGAUCGAUAAUCUCGACUAUAGUAGAGAUAGAAUCAAGGAGUUCAAGUACGGCAUCAGCAAGGCAGGCAACUACUUCCACUCUACUGAGUUCGCCAAGCGACACAAAGCCGACGGCGUCAUCAGUCUAGCCUUGAACCCAGGAAACCUUUCAUCAGAGUUGGAUCGCCACAUCACGGCGCUGAUCCCGACGCUGUUCAGAAAAGCCACCACAUAUCCUGCCAUCAAUGGCGCUUACACGGAAUUAUUUGCGGCGUUAUCUCCCGAUGUGACCAUUGAGAAGACGGGCGAUUGGGUUGUUCCCUGGGGUCGUUUUUAUGCCAUUCGGGAUGACCUUGUCCAGGGCUCCAAGUCCCGCGAAGAUGGCGGUACAGGUCUCGCCGAAGACUUUUGGAAAUGGACUGAAGAGCAGGUAGCAAAGUAUCUCUAG